CGCCGGUGCAGUUUUUCACGGGCAAAUAAAUACGGCGAGCUGUUUUUGGCAAGAACAAGGUUUCCUUGAGCAUGAGCCGCUUGGUCUGGCUCGUCGGCGCCGCGCUCCUGCAACGCGCCGCAUGUAGCCUCGAGGCCGUCGACGUGCGCGACCGAGCCAUCUUGCUCGCAGGCCAUGUGAGCGGCCAGCUCGUCGCCUUUGACGCGUGGACGGGCGAAGUCAUCAACUCGAUCGACUCGGGCGGCCCGCUCGUGACCAACUGCCGCCCCGAGUUGCUGCGCGGCGCCUUGCACCCGCGCAUUCCACGCUCGAUUGGCGCGAAUGGCGCGGCACCGGCGACAGAUGUGGCGCUGGCGUCGUCCUGGUCGGCCGAGCAUAGCUUCCUCCCCAAUCUCGCAAACGGCGGGCUGUUCCACUACGAGAAGCAUGCGCAGCAGUGGAAGCAAGUCGAGCUCUCGACCGACGAGCUGCUACAGGCCAAGACGCCGCUCCGCGUCCGCGGCAGCCCCGAACUCGCCGACGUGGUGUUUGUGGCUGAAAAGACGCAGAAGCUCUUUACGUUCGACGCGCACACGGGCCAGAUGCACCCGUUCUUCUCGCCCGACGCGCCGUCUGUGCUCCUCAACGACGACGACGACGACGGUCCGACGGCGCGCAUGCUCUUUGGGCGCGUCGACGUCACGACCAAGAUGGUCAACGCCCUCGACACGACCGAUUUCAAGUGCGUCACCGUGUCCGAGUACUUUGUACAGUUUGCGUCACACGCCACGUGCCAGCGCGGUCCGUCACCGGCGUAUCGAAGCCCGUACAUCGACGUGUCGCGCAGCGACGCCGGCACUUCGCUCUCGAUCUACGACCCGCACUCGCACGCGCUGCUGUGGUCCUGGGACGCCAAUGGCGCGCUCACCAUGGUCUACGGCAUGCUGCCGCACUACGGCGUCAAGUUUUACGACUGGUCGCUGACGCUCAAGGACGACUCCCACGACGACGAGGCGUGCCCGCUGGACGCCGAGACCGACGCGAUCACCGAUCUCGACAACGUCUGCGAGCCGAGCCCGACGCAAGACGACCUUGUUGUGGGCCGCGUCGCAGGCCAAAUGUACCUGCUGCCGUCGUCGCCGCCCCCACGCCCAACGUCCUCGAAAAGCAUCAACUACACGGGCCGGCGGCCGUGGCAGUCGGUCGUCAUCGACGGCAAGCAAGGCGUCUUCAUCUCGUCCAACAGCAUGCUAUGGAUCUGCGUCAUGGCUGUCUCGGUGGCGCUGGGCAUUGCACUUCUCCUGUACUACUGGCGGUCCAAGACACCGUCGGCACCGUUGUCGCCGAUGGCUGAGACGCCGACACCGCCGUCGGCGCCCAAAGCGUCGCCCCGCAUGUCGCCCAAAGGCUCACCGACCGCGACGUUCCUCGGCAGUCCAACGCUCUUUCGCAUGCACACGGAGGACGACGUGCACCUACCGUCGCUCGUGACCAUGUCGCCGGGUCGUAUCCAGCGGUCGGUCUCGUUUGGCGGCUUCCCGUUGGAGCCAUCGAAAUGGAAGAUGCCCGAGCUCAAGCUCGGGCACCGCCUCUCGACGGACGAGUCGGAGGCGUCGCAACGGUCAGCUCAGAGCGACACCUUGCAUGCAACCGGAACGCCGCCGACGUCCAGCACGUCGUUGGCACCGAUGACACCGACGCUAACCACGACGGUCGUGCUGGACCAAGACUUUCGCAAAGUGCUGCCGUACAUUUGUCGCGGGCGGUUCGCCAACGAGUUUGACGAGCUCUCGGUCCUUGGGAAGGGCGGGUUUGGUCAAGUCAUUCUUGCUGAGAACCGACUGGAUGGCCGUCGCUACGCUGUCAAGCGCAUCGGUCUCUGCCUCAAGCACCAGACCAAAGAGACGCUCGAGAAGUUUUUGCGCGAAGUCAAAAUCCUCGCUCGGCUCGAUCAUUCGUACAUUGUGCGCUACUACCAGGCGUGGCUCGAAGAGCUCGGGGAGGCCGACUCGGUAAGCUUUGCCGCGAGCUCCGAAGACGCGUCGAGUCCGCGCUGGAUGUCGUCGACAACCGACUACUCGAAAGGCAACAUACUUCAGCGCCGCUUCUCGUCCGACGACGAUGACUCGCCGUCGACCCGCCAGCGUCCCAAGCGGACGACGUUCUUUCACAUUGGCGACGACGACGACGACGACGACGACGACGAUGACGAUGCGAGUCGCGACUCGCUGUAUGCCCCGGCGCCGCACCUUCACGACGACGACGACGGUGGCUUUGAGUGGGAGGCCAGUCCCAACGACGACGACAGCAAUGACGCGUCGGCGUCGAUGGCGCAGUGGUCGGAGAGCGAUCUGACGCGGCCGACACACGAGCCGCGGUCGGCAGUACUCGACACGCUCCGCUCCACGACCAACGAGCGCAUCGACCACUGGCUGUACAUUCAGAUGCAAUAUUGCUCGGCCAAGAGUCUCGCCGACGUCCUCGCAAGCUCCGACCGGGUCGUCGACGUCCCCCACGUCCUGCGCGUGUUUAGUCAGAUCGCGUCGGCGCUCGAGCAUGUUCAUUCGCUUGGCCUUAUCCACCGCGACCUCAAGCCGGCCAACAUCUUUGUCAUGGACGAGGCCGUGCAAACUAUCAAACUCGGCGACUUUGGCCUCUCCCGGUACGCCGGCAGCACGGGUCUACCGGACGCCGGCGCGUCGACGACGACGACACUGCUCCAAGAAGACGACGACGACGCGGACGACGACGACGAUGAAAAGACGGCGGGCGUCGGCACGUACCUCUAUGCGAGCCCCGAACAGAUCUCGGGCGAGCUCUACUCGGCCAAAGCAGACCUCUACUCGCUCGGCAUGAUCCUCUUUGAGCUUGGGCACGCGCCGUUUGGGACCGCCAUGGAGCGCAUCGUGACGCUGCGACAGGUGCGCGACGGCAGUAUCCCGCCCGAGUGGUUACCACAGAGUCCCGAGAUUGUGGCGUUGGUCCGCCGUCUCGUGUCGCUCUCGCCGGCCGAGCGCCCGACGGCCAAAGAUGUUGUGCAGUGGUGCCAUGCGCAGACCAAGGCCAAGCGCCGGUUUGACGCCAACGUCCACUUGCUGCAGGUGCAAGCCGGUGUAAUGGACGACCCGACGUUGUACCACACGUUGCUGCUCGCGCUCUGCGAGGUCAUUCGCGCCACGAGCGGUAACGUGUGCAUUCUUGCGUGCGGCCUCCAGCAGCACAGCACCCGCGGGCAGCUCCUCGAGUUUUCGCUGCAAGCGGACGACGACAGCACGAUCGACGACGUGCUCAACGCGAUUGCCCGUGUCGACGGCGUCGCCACUGUGGAAAAGCUCCACUAGACCCGAGCGCCAACCAGUUAACUUAAAAAACGUAAGAAACGACCGAGGAGCACAAGGGAUCGAACCUUGGGCGGCGUCUCCUUCCUAUGGUGCGA